AUGUGUCCCAGGUCCCUCCGCGAGGCGGCCGGCGCGAGCUUGUUUUUCGGGGGAGACUGGGGGGGGGGGCUCUUGCGGCUGACGGCCUUUUGCCUGAUUGUGCCAGGCACGCUCUCAGUGAUCCGUCGCCUGGCGCGAUUCGGGCGUGCUCCUCUGCGCGUGGUCCCCAGAUGUCUGGGCGACGUGCUCACCUCGGCAGAGCCUUCGAGGCUUGUGGCAGCCGCCGGCUGCCUCGUGCCCUGGGAGCACUCGCCUGCCACACGUCCGUUCAGUACAGACGCGUGCGCCCUUUGCGUCGAGUCGCAGCUUUCCGACGAAGACGGGGGCCAGGAGCGGCGGGCUGGUAGUAUGGCAGGGCAUCCGAGUCUGGCACGGCAGCGGUCCGAGGCUCCACUGCUGGAGCGGCAGAGUGGGAGCGGCUCCUGA